AUGUCUAAAAAUCCGUUUGCUUCCAAUGAAAAUGACUGCGCUAGAAGUGGGUGUUGGGAAAACAAGUUUAUGUUGAAUGAUUUGGAUGGCGACGGCAAGAUAUCACUGCACGACGUGAAGGAUCCCGAAGCGAUGGAGGAACUCGACACCAACGAGGAUGGAUACGUGGACCAGGAGGAGUUGGAUAAUUUCCAAACUAGGAUUAACCUCGUAGCUACUCGGCUCAAUCGGGAUUUCUUCGACGGGGACGCUGAAAGUGACCAACUGGACAAUGAGUUGGCUGGAAUGUCCGAGGAAGAGAUUGCUGAGCUUCAAGACCUGCUCAACAAUAAAGCUUGAAAG